GUUAAGGUCACGGACAUCGCAAAGACAUAUGUCAAGUAUUGUCUUUGUUUAUCGUGAUUUUAAUAUAUUUUGCAAGUCUCCCUGCCUCAUGUCUUGUAAGAGAAACUCUCUACCACAAGUUGUGUUUUUCGUCAGUGCGGAGAAAGUAACUCGAGUUAUUACUUCAGCUCUAAAAUGUUCAAGCGUUCUUCACUCAGGCACCAGCACGCGUCGUUGAUCCUGGAACAUCCGAUGGAAGAGACGAAGAGACUCAAGGAGGAUUCACAAGCGAAAGUAGGCUGGAAACGCUGGGGACCUUAUUUGGGUGAGAGACAGUGGGGGACACUACGAGAAGACUACUCCGCACAAGGCAAUUCUUGGGAAUACUUACCUCAUGACCAUGCACGGUCUCGUUCAUACCGCUGGGGAGAAGAUGGUCUGUUGGGAAUUACAGAUGAGGAGUGUCAUCUCUGCUUUGGCCUGGCAUUGUGGAAUGAAAGAGAUCCAAUUCUGAAGGAGAGGUUUUUUGGGCUCACAGCCGAUGAAGGUAACCAUGGCGAGGAUGUGAAGGAGUGUUACUACUACCUUGAUUCAACUCCAACCCACUCAUACAUGAAAGCAUUAUACAAAUACCCACAAAACGAGUACCCUUACAGCUUGUUGGUGGAGGAGAACAAGAAGCGAUCCAGACAUGAACCAGAAUAUGAGUUGCUUGACACAGGUGCUUUUGAUAACAACCGUUACUGGGACAUCGACAUAGAGUAUGCCAAGAACACCCCUAACGACAUCCUCAUCAACAUCAUGUUAACCAACCGUGGCCCAGACACAUCAAGGAUUCACGUCCUUCCGACCCUGUGGUAUAGAAAUACUUGGAUCUGGGGCUGCAAACAYGAUGGGUGGACUGGUAAACCAGCGAUUGUCGAGACAAGCCCUGGUGCAGCUGAAUGCUUCCAUGAAGGGUUUGGAGGAUUCAUGUUUGUUAAUGAUGUUGGCCCUGAUAAUAAAAUGCCGGAAAUGCUGUUUACUGACAAUGAGACAAACACUUGGCGUCUUUUCAACGGGUCUCCUAACUACACUCCUUACGUCAAAGACGCAUUCCAUCGUUAUGUUGUAAACGGCGAACGCUCUGCCGUCAAUCCACAGAAGCGAGGAACCAAGAUGGCGUCCCAUUACGUGUUGGAGGUUCCUCCAGGGGGCCAUCACGUCUUGAGGUGCCGUUUGAUGGCUGAGAAUGAGAUCUCUUCAAGUCCUUUUGCAGAAAGAUCUUUUGGUUCUGUGCUUGAGAAGCGAAGGAAAGAAGCUGAUGAGUUUUAUAAAGCUGUGAUACCUGACUCUCUCAGUCCAGAGGAACGCACAGUAUGCAGACAGGCCUACGCUGGCCUGUUGUGGAACAAAAUGUUCUACAACUACGUCGUGAAGGACUGGCUGGACGGUGACGAAGACAUGCCAACCCCACCCGAUAGCCGGUAUCAGGGGAAAAAUUCGAACCCGGACUGGAAUAACCUUUAUGCACGGGAUGUGGUUUGUGUACCGGAUAAGUGGGAAUACUCAACGAUUUCAGCUUGUGACUUAGCCUUCCAAGUGCUUCCUAUGGCAAAAGUCGAUCCAGAGUUUGCCAAGAGUCAACUGCUGCUCUUCUUACGCGAGUGGUACAUGUCUCCUAAUGGCCAGAUUCCCGGACCCGAAUCAGACCUCGAUGAAGCUCAACCUCCUGUUCUUGCUUAUGCGUGUUACCGCUUGUACAAGAUGACGGACAGGAAAGGUCAUCGAGACAUCGCUUUCUUGGCCAAGUGCUUCCAUAAACUGCUCAUCAAUUUUACUUGGUGGGCAAACAGAAAGGACGCAUUCGGGAAAAGUAUUUUUGGUAACGGGAUUGUUGGUAAAACAGUAAAGGAAGAAUCCUUUACGUGUGGCACAGCAGAAAACAAACAACAAGAACAGCAGACUGUGGUCCAGGCAGAUGGUACCGCAUGGAUGGCCUUCUACUGUACUGUAAUGCUUGGUAUUUCCUUAGACCUCGCUGUACAUGACCCUUCCUAUGAAGACAUGGCGUCCAAAUUCCUCGAGCACUUCACUCAAAUAGCCGACGUGAUGAACAACACCCCAGGAUUCUUGUGGAACGAGGAACAUSGCUUCUACUAUGACCAUGUCCACACCAGUAAAAAUUCCCGCUCAACCUUGCACAUGCGCUCUAUCUCGGGUCUCAUUCCCAUGUUGUGUUGUACUGUGAUUGAAGACGAGCACGUCGAGAAGUUACCUUCCUUCAGGAAGUGCUUGGAGUGGCUUCUGAAGAAUAAACCCGACUUGGCUUCCAAGAUUUCUCUCCUGGAUCCAACCAGUGAAAGUCAGCGUCAUCGUCUCCUGGCUAUUUUCUCCAGAGAAAKAUUAUCCCGCGUGCUCAAGUUUAUGCUGGACGAUAAGGAGUUUCUCUCUCCUUUUGGCAUCCGCUCGCUAUCAUUGGUUCACAAGGAUUGUCCAGUGGAGGUGAGCUGUGUAUGUACUACAGAGGAACUAGAGGAGAUUAGAAAGGUCAUAUAUGAAGGACGUUAUAUUGCAGAGGAAUCAGUGGGAAACACAAGUGAGCACGGCCCGAUUUGGCUUGGCAUAAACUACCUAAUCGUGGACGCUCUUGAGAGGUACGACUUCUUCUACGGCGACACAUUCAAAGUAGAUUUCCCAUCGUACUCUGGGAACCGUUUGCGCCUUCAUGACGUGGCUCUAGAGCUCUCCCGCCGCUUGGUGUCGCUCUUUCUUCCUAACGACCAUGGGCGUCGCCCUUGCUAYGGGAACAGGGAAAAGUACACGUAUGACGUCUACUGGAACCAACUGUUACAGUUUUAUGAGUAUUUUAAUGCUGAUAACGGACUUGGUUACGGAGCAAGCCACAACUCUACCCUGGUGUCUCGUCUGCUUGACAAACUUGCGUCAAACAGAUAAGUCGUCUGUCUGUCCGUCCGCUCGUCUUCCAUUACGAUAACCACGAACCCCCGACAAUCAUGUUGCUUUCACGUUGCUUGCUGGUUUCUUUGAGAAUAACUUAGGCGUGGACCAGGCGUCAAACUUUUUUUAUGAACUGAAUGCAAGAAAACAAAGGGAAAUAAGCUGCCUUGCUUUCUUUUAUCCAAUUAAAUUCAGCACACAAAAAGCUAGUCUCCCACGCAUCCGUUUUUAGUGUCGGUCGACCGACACUAAAAACGGAUGCGAGGGAGACUACACAAAAAGCUCGACUCGGUUUUAUAUGGUCGAAAUCAAUUGAAUUUUGUCCCAACAUCCACUGCACAAUCAAUGUAGGUGGACGUGUAUCGUUUUUAUGCUUCAUUUUUUUAUUUCAAAAAAAAAUACUGCUAAAAUAGCUUCAAUCAAUGGAUAAUAAGGUGCUACACCAAAACAAAUAUGUCUAUGUGCUAGAGCACAAUGCAUCAUGGGAUGCCUUUCAGGAAAAAUACGGUACAAACCCCUACUAUUCACUGCGCGUGGGAAUCGUGCUACAAAGUUAAUGUCGUGGUUACUAGCAUGCCAACGUGAGAAAGAAACAUAUAUACUCAUUUUCAAGAUGUGACUGUAAUUAGAACAGUUUAUUUUUAACGUAAGAUUUUUUGAUAAAAUCCUCAGAAAAUAAUAUAAACAUAGCAAUAACAAAAUUAUUAAAAAUUAACACUGGAAAAUAAAGUAUUUUUAAUAUAUAAUGGAUAGCUUAAAGCAGUAGGUAAAUGUAAGAUGACUUUAAAAUAAAAWAAACUUAUUAAAAUAAGUUAAUAGCACCUAAAACAGUAGCUCCCCGGCCUGAGGAAGGAAAACAAAAACCUGUUGGUUAAGUAGUACCAAGUACACUUCCUUCAUGUAAGCGAUCUUAAGAUAAAAAUUCAGUGAACAUACUAAAGUUUACUAUAAAGAAGAGAGAAAUUAGAACCAGUUAAUUUAAAUGAAUUAAGAUUAAAAUUUUAGAAUAAACUGAUAAAACUGUGGCAAUUCAA